AUGAGCUCUACUGCUACCGUGACCGAGGCGCCUGCCGUGGUCACUGUCUCUCAACAGCCCGCAAUUACUGCUGAGAAUGUUCUGCGGCUUUUCCCCGAGGUCAACACAAGUCUGAUAGGAGGAUCGCACAACUCGGCCACAGAAGACAGCGCCCUCGAUGGUUACGAUGAGGAGCAAAUACGUCUGAUGGAUGAGGUCUGCAUCGUGCUAGACAACGACGAUAUUCCUAUUGGCAGCGCGACCAAGAAGCUAUGUCAUCUCAUGGAGAAUAUCGAUCGAGGACUCCUUCACCGCGCUUUCUCCGUCUUCCUCUUCGAUUCCCAGAACCGACUCCUCCUACAGCAGCGCGCGACCGAGAAGAUUACAUUUCCUGACAUGUGGACAAACACAUGCUGCUCGCACCCUCUCGGUAUACCCGGUGAGACCGGUGUCGGCCUUGAUGCUUCCGUACAGGGCGUGCGUCGAGCGGCAGUGCGCAAGCUGGACCAUGAGCUCGGUAUCCCGUCUGCGCAAGUGCCCAUCGAUGACUUCAAGUUCCUUACGCGGAUACAUUACAAGUCACCUAGUGAUGGCAAGUGGGGUGAACAUGAGAUUGAUUAUAUCCUGUUCAUUAAGGCCGAUGUCGACCUCAAUGUCAACCCCAACGAAGUUCGCGACUCUCGAUUUGUUUCCCAGCAAGAUCUCAAGGCCAUGUUCAAGGACGAGUCGCUGAAGUUCACGCCUUGGUUCAAGUUGAUUUGCGAAAGCAUGCUGUACGAGUGGUGGGACCAUCUCGAUUCUGGUCUAGAGAAGUACCUGGGCGAGACAGAGAUUCGAAGGAUGUGAGAUAGACGACGACGAAGGGAACACGUACAACGUGGCAUCUACAAGCGCUGCACGCCGGAUCAUAUGGACGUCAUUUCGCAUAACAUCAACUGCGUGCGAUUGGGAUUGGCGGGUUUCGCCUGGGAAAGUGAGGCGUCAUAUGCAGACUCGUUUCCCCCUAGC